ACGACCACACACGGUAGUCGUUGGCAGAGGGGGUGGAGCGCGGAGGGCCGAGCGUCGGCGGGUGGUUGUCCGUACUGGACCGUUGGGUUGCGGGCGAGAUGCGGAGCGGGACGUCGACGUGCGCAGGACGGCAGACGGAGCCGCUUUGGGCAGCGCAGGCUGCAAUGGUCAAAUUUCAAACGGAAGCCUGGCGUGUUCGUCGCCUUCUGUGGUGGUUGUCCGCAUAUGAAGGUCGAGCAUCCCUGUCCCGGGCAUGUCGGAACACAGAUCUGCAGUGGUCACGUGCGAGGGCGGCUGCAAAAGUGAAUUUCAUGGCUGACGUGCGGAGGAGAUUGCCUCUGCUGACGGUGCGCGCAGGCGGGUCGGCUCCCGACGAAGGGGGCGAGUUCACGUCAUUGCUGCAUCAAGGCUUGCGGGACGACGACGGCGGAGGAGUUGAUCUGAGGUUCGGGUUGUAUUCUGGCGGCGGCAGGGAGGCGAGCCGUACGUUCAUCAUCGAUGGAGAUCGUUCGGCACGUGGCGUUGAGCAUGGUGGAAGUCUGCAUACGGAACAGUCCACACUUCGUCGCGCUGCACUCGUGACUGGCGCGGUCGGGCCAUCGCCAGCGGGACGGCAGCAUGGAUCGACUGCUCCGUCCGUCGAUCGAUUGACACCGACCUGGCCCGCACCCCCCAGGGUGGCAGGAGGGCCCCUGCGCAUGGGCGGUGCACGUUCGCUGAUCAUGAUGCUUGCGUGCACGACACCGAUCGAAUCUGGAGUGAGGGAGGAGGGAACGUGCAGAGCGCCGGUAUGUCCACGACCCACUGUUGACAACAUAACACGUGGAGUGUCGAACAUGCGGGCACACAGCGAUGGAGGCGAAGAGGACGUUGGAUUCGGUGACGACGCAGACGAAGGGAUGAGGGAAGACGUGGAAGCGGGGGACGACGACAACGACGUUCCGAUUCGGCCUUUGGGGAAGAUGGCUGGGAGGGGGAGAGGACGUGGCAGAGGUGGUGUCCGUGGUCGAUCCGUUGGCCGUGGAGGCAGAGGUGGCGUAAGUGACGACGCCGGGAAGUCUCCGACGUACUGGUCUGUAGAAGACCAAAUGCUCCUGGUGCGAUGCAAGCGGGAGCAAGAUAUGCACCUCGCCGACUUGUCUCACAAUUACGGGCGGAUGAAGACGAAAGAGUGGAAGUGGGAGGACAUGUCAAAGCGGAUGGCGAAUGCGGGGAGGCUGAAGGACGUUGACGACUGCAUGAAGAAGUGGGACAAUCUGUUCCAGAACUACAAGAAAAUUCAGAGGUUUCAGAAUGCCAGCGGGCGGCCAGAUUUUUUCAGGCUGACGAACGAAGAGAGGAAGGAGCACAACUUCAAGUUCCGGAUGGACAGGGCGAUGUACAACGAGAUCCACGCAGGCAUGGUGGGGAACCACACGAUUUUCCCUCCCAACGUUGCCGACACCGGCAGUCCGGAUGGGGUGCAACUGCCCAGGCGAGGAGCGGGUGGCGGGAAGUCUGUUUGUAGCGAGGCGGCCGGUGAAGGCUGCCCUGACGACCCUUCUUCUGCGAGGGAGUCCGACAACAACGUAGGCAGCGGGGCGGGAGGCGGGAAGCGGAAGAAUGCGCGUCAGCAGGCAUUCGAGUCCAUCUCUGAUGUCAUGGAACGCCAUGGCGCACUGAUGUCGUCGACGAUCGAAUCGUCUAGCAAGCGGCAAUGCAGCAUCUUCACGAGGCAAUGCGACAUAUUGGAGCAGGAAGUUGCCGUCCAAAAAGCGCACUAUGCGGCUUCCGAUGAGACGCAGAGGAUGAUGUGCCAAGCAUUGUUGGAGAUCGCUGCCGGGAAAGGUCGGCGGCACGUCUCGAAGGCGAAGAGGCUACGUUUGGAUGACGCGUCAGCAAACGCGCCGCGUCGUGGGGCGCGAGGUUGGGCGCAGGCCGCGGAAGAGGUCUACGACGAUGAUUUCAUGACGGAGGACGAUCAAGGCGAGGCGACGACGUCUGCAGGACGGGAGGGUGCCAGGCAGCGUACUCUGGAUCAGAGCACUUCGAAGAGGAUGUCAACCCCUCCGCCGGAGGCGCAGCAGCUGCGAGUCCGCGAAACGUGGAAAGAGAAGGGUGCUGUGGUGGACCUUGGCGGCGAAGACGACGAGCCUUUGGAAAAACGUCGCCUGCGCAGUGCCACACAAGCGACCACAAUGGCGGUGUCGACGGCUCGCGCAGCGGAGGACGAAAGGCCGAUCACAGGUGCACUGCCCUGCACGCCGUCUCAGCCGCGUCAGCGCAACGACGGUGGUGACGGUGUUGUCCCUCCCGUUCCGGCGGCGAAAGAGGAGGCUGCAAUUCCGACGACGGUGAGAGAGGAGGGUCGUGGACAGAACACGAACCAACGGGAUGGAGGUGAGGGCGCUUCAAGCCGGGCACGCAAGGGAGUCAUUACGAAAGACCUUAUCAACCGUGCGCUUCUUUGGGUGGAUGACAAAUGUUUCUGGACGACGGGUGAGGGACGCAGACUUUACAACAUCGUCGACGAAACCAAAGAGUACUUUGUCGCCAUCGCCAGCAGCCUUCCGCCACCUGAACUUCCGCUGAGCGUUGUCGUCCCCAAAUCCAGCACAAGGGUGGCGAGGAUCGCAAACCAAUCACAUCUCCAGCAAGCGAUCUCCCGUGCGGCGGCGGUGGAGAAUAUAGCUCUCCGCAUCUUGCACGGCUCGGUUUUCAAGUCCAGGAACCGCCCAAGGGGGUACCACCUUGCUUUCCAGUACUCGUUGGAGUCCGUAGUGACGGACAUUGCGCGUGCAAUGUGGUACGGCGAGGAGUGGUGCAACGUCGUCAGCGCGCCGAUCUGCGCCCACAUGAUAGAUCUUAACGUGGACCUUCCACUGUGGUACGCUGGUGCGAAUAUCGAGGACAGACCUGAGGACGACGACAUGGCUGCGUACCAGGAGUCCACCGUCAUCAGCAUCGCGCAUUCGUUCCGCGCGGCGGUGCAAAUGGGCACUCACAUCGACGGCGAUUUCAUCUCCUACGAGCGUCUAUGUCGGGUGGCUGACUGCUUCAGGCUGUUGCUGGCGGCGUCCAUGUGGAUUAUGCGCAUGGCAGGAGACGAUCUGCGCAGUCACUAUGAAGCAUUUUACUUUGCGGAUCUCUUCGUCAGGCCGACACUAAUCGCCUCCAUGCAUCGGUCCUUCGAUCAUCGACGAUCCGUCAUCCGCGCUGCGAACGUCGUCACGGAGAGGCUUGGGAAGGUGAAAGCUACGCUCGGAGUGUACCUCAACUACAUCCCUGAUUGGGCACCAUGCGACAUCGGAUUUGCGCACGACGUGACCAUCARGGGGCCGGAGGAUGGGAAGAGGCUGGAUUGGUUGGGUUCGGGCCCCGCCGAUGAUGACAUCAAAGGCGAAGGAAAAAGCGAUGCAUAAGGCGGGCUGUUAUGCGGGGGGAGAGCGGGGAGACAACGCUUCUAAGAACGAAGGCGUAUGUACGCGUGGCGAGACGUG